AUGGAGGAGAGUAAAGAGAAGAUCGGCGCCGAAGACUUUGCCUUCUGGUUUGGUGACUUCAAUUCGCGGCUUGAUCGGCUACCUGGGGAUGACAUUCGCCAUCUCCUGAUGCUCCAUACCAAGGGCGAGUAUGACGUAUCUAAGCAAGUACUCUCACAAGGAGAGACGCUUGGAGAAGAGGCCCUUGGUAUGCAACAACCUCCAGCUAGUGGCACUGAGACAUCAGAUAAAGCCACUGUUGACGCUGAACUACGGAUACGAUCAGAAGACAAAGGAGAGGAAACCAGCAACUGUGAUGACGAUUCUCUACUUCCUUCCGACUCUGAUGAAUUUUCUCUUGAUCCACACCAGGACCCUGGCUCUCUCCAGUCAACUCUUGAUUCUCUGCUUCCGCACGAUCAGCUUCUCCGUCUGAUGAAAGAACGCAAAGCAUUCCAUGAGGGGUGGCGAGAAGGUCCAAUAAGAUUCCUGCCCACUUAUAAGUACGAUAUAGGCACCGUUACUUCUUUCGACUCUAGCGAGAAACGAAGGCCGCCGGGCUGGUGUGAUCGCAUUCUUUACCGUUCUCGCAUGGACCUGGAACGGUACGAACGAAAAGUCAGAGAGGAAGAGGCACUUCGUAAACGAGAAGAGGAAAUGAAAGCACGCGGCAUCCUUGAGGAUAUUGACGAUCAAGUGUUGUUUGCCUACGAUCCUGAAAACGACGGUGAUGAUCAACCAGAGACUGCCAAAAUUGACUACGACGAAUUCAACGAGACCGGAGAAGGACACGACUAUGAGACUAUGGAAGUUGAAGACAAGGACAAGAUAUGGCUCGAGUUGUACACAUCUCACCAGCUGAUCACGUCAUCGGAUCACAAGCCUGUUUCUUCAAUCUUCACCAUAGAGUACAACGCUGUGGUUCCCAGCCUGAAGGCGAAGGUCCAUGCUGAAGUUGCUCGGGAGCUGGACCGGGCAGAGAAUGAGGGGCGUCCAAUCAUCACUGUUGUGGUUGACCAACACGACGUCCAUCAAAAUGACAAGGGUCGCAGGUCCGCGGAGAGCGAACAGGUGGAUUUCGGAGAGAUGGUAUUCCUGAGAAAGAAAGCAGCAUCGCUCAUCAUAGCCAAUACGGGGAGAGUUCCGGCAACUUUCUCGUUUGUCAGGCCGGCUGUGGAAGGUUUGGAAGACAAUACUACACUACAUUCGUGGCUCUCAACAUCGUUUGUACGCUAUGAGCCUCCUGAUCAAGACUUCGCCUCGGUUAAACUUGGGACAGAAGUCACUCUCGAGCCGGGUGAAACUAUCAACGCGCUUCUCGAGGCCCUAGUCAACGACGUGAAUCUAGCUCGCUCUUUAAACCAGGGACAAGCCUUGGAUGAAGUACUGAUUCUGAGCGUUAAGAAUGGUAGAGACCACUUCAUCCCUGUGAGGGCUUCCUGGGCCCCAAGUUGCAUCGGCUGGUCUAUACCAGAGCUUAUACGAGUUCCUGACGGGGGCAUCCGUGGCUUUGCCAAGUCGCGUUUGCUGGAUCAAACCGAGGCUAGAAAUCUUGAUUCAGACCUACCCGUUCACCGACCUGCUCCAAAGGAACUCUUGCACCUCAUUGAAGCUCUCGAAAUUCUGACCCAGCGCGCUACAGCCGAAGCGCAAAUGAUUGAAGAUCUUACCAUCCCUCACGACCCGGGCUGGCCAUUCGACGAAGCUACCUGCACAAGCAUCGACCGUGUAACCCGCCUCUCACUCGUCGCCUCUGUCCUGGAUGCACUUGAUCAAGACCAGCCUCUUCUUCAAUCAUUUCCUCCGGAAGUAUCCGUUCUCGCUCGUCUCGAGGUCGUUUCUCAUACAUUGAUUCUUUUCCUUUCUUCCCUCACCGACGGUAUCGUCCCUACUCACAUCUGGAAUAUAUUUGUGGAGAACCAGACCUUAUUGGAAAAGAUUACCACGGCUUACAACAGCAUCACCACUGGUUCGCUCGCUUCUGCUAAUGCUGCAUGUGCCGCUGCACAGGAUGCCAUACUUGAUAUCCUCAUUCAAGCCUCCCCCCAUCACAAUAUCAGUUUCGUUUUCUUGACUGCAACUCUCUCUCGCGUUGUGGCAGAACUCAGUCCUAUGACCAAGACCCAGUGGGACCUGCUGAUGCAGCAGCAACCAGCACAACAGCACAAGCUUUCAGGGAGGACUAUUGGCUCCUCUAUUGGCGGAGUUUUCGGUAGACGUGCUGUGAGUGCUAGCUACAGUUUCACAACCGAUGGAAGCAGUAAUGCCGCUCCCCACAAGAAUGCCCCUGAUGCUGCUACUGUCAGCAGGAGGGCGACUAAUCUGGAUGAGGCGACUUCUGCACUUGCACAGAGACGAGCAAGAGAGAAACGAGUGGCAGAUCUGUUUGCGCCACUUAUUUGUCAUGGUUUGGAGGGCACUAUCCAAAGCAAGGAAUCGAAGGCCGCAGAAAAGAUGAGGGCAAUUCUUGGCUUAUUUUUGAGGGAGCGCCUCGACUAG